UUCGGGAGCGGAAGUGCGUGCGGGCGCGCCGGUUCCCGUCGGGCAGGCGCGAGGCGCCGGGCCCCGGGGCUGUAGCCGGCCGGGGGAGCGCGGUCCCGGAGCCGCCCCUCCCCGCCAUGGGCCUCCUGUCGGACCCGGUGCGCCGGCGCGCCCUCGCCCGCCUCGUGCUGCGCCUCAACGCGCCGCUCUGCGUGCUGAGCUACGUGGCGGGGAUCGCCUGGUUCCUGGCGCUGGCUUUUCCGCCCCUGACCCAGCGCACAUACAUGUCGGAGAACGCCAUGGGCUCCACCAUGGUGGAGGAGCAGUUUGCGGGCGGAGAGCGUGCCCGAGGCUUCGCCCGAGACUUCGCUGCCCACCGCAGGAAGACGGGGGCUCUGCCAGUGGCCUGGCUGGAGCGGACGAUGCGGUCAGUGGGGCUGGAGGUCUACACGCAGAGUUUCUCCCGGAAACUGCCCUUUCCUGAUGAGACCCGCGAGCGCUAUAUGGUGGCCGGUACCAACGUGUAUGGCAUCCUGCGGGCCCCACGCGCCGCCAGCACCGAAUCCCUGGUGCUCACUGUACCCUGCGGCCCCGACUCUACCAACAGCCAGGCUGUGGGGCUGCUGCUGGCGCUUGCUGCCCACUUUCGGGGGCAGAUUUACUGGGCCAAAGACAUCAUCUUCCUGGUGACAGAGCAAGACCUUCUGGGCACUGAGGCUUGGCUUGAGGCCUACCACGACACCAACGUCACCGGCAUGCAGUCGUCCCCUCUGCAGGGCCGGGCUGGGGCCAUCCAGGCAGCCCUGGCCCUGGAGCUCAGUAGCGACGUGGUCACUAGCCUCGAUGUGGCCGUGGAGGGGCUCAACGGGCAGCUGCCCAAUCUCGAUCUGCUCAACCUCUUCCAGACUUUCUGUCAGAAAGGGGGACUGCUGUGUACUCUGCAGGGCAAGCUGCAGCCCCAGGACUGGACAUCGGUAGACGGGCCGCUGCAGGGUCUGCAGACACUCCUGCUCAUGACUCUGCAGCAGGCCUCUGGCCGCCCCCAUGGCGCUCACGGCCUCUUCCUGCGCUACCGUGUGGAGGCCCUGACCAUACGUGGCAUCAAUAGCUUCCGACAGUAUAAGUAUGACUUAGCGGCAGUGGGCAAGGCCCUAGAGGGCAUGUUCCGCAAGCUCAACCACCUUCUGGAGCGCCUGCACCAGUCCUUCUUCUUCUACGUGCUCCCCGCGCUCUCGCGCUUCGUCUCCAUCGGCCUCUACAUGCCCGCCGCUGGCUUUUUGCUCUCGGUCCUCGGUCUCAAGGCUCUGGAACUGUGGAUGCAGUUGCACGAGGCCGGAGCGGGCCCUCAGGAGGCUGGGGGCGCCUCUGGACCUGGUCCUCCCCUCCCUCCAGCACAGAGCGUGGGGCUGGCCUCGCUUGUGGCUCCCGUGCUGAUCUCACAGGCCAUGGGCCUGGCCCUCUACGUCCUGCCAGUGCUGGGCCAACACGUGGCUACCCAGCACUUCCCCGUGGCCGAGGCCGAGGCCGUGGUGCUGACGCUGCUGGCCAUCUAUGCGGCCGGCCUGGCCCUUCCACACAGCACCCACCGGGUGAUGAGCGCACAGGCCCCAGACAGAGGCUGGAUGGCACUGAAGCUAGUGGCUCUCAUCUACCUGGCACUACAGUUGGCCUGCGUUGCCCUCACCAAUUUCUCGCUGGGCUUCCUGCUGGCUGCCACCAUGGUGCCCGCUGCCGCGCUCACCCACCCCUGCGGGCCCCGGCCGCUGUUUGCCGCCCUGCUGGUGCUGACGAGCCCCGCGGCCACUCUCCUGGGGUGCUUGUUCCUCUGGCGGGAGCUGCAGGAGGCCCCGCUGUCGCUGGCCGAAGGCUGGCAGCUCUUCCUGGCGGCGCUGGCGCAGGGCGUGCUGGACCACCACACCUACGGCGCCCUGCUCUUUCCGCUCUUGGCUCUGGGCCUCUAUCCCUGCUGGCUGCUCUUCUGGAACGUGCUCUUCUGGAAGUGACGUCUGGCUGUCCUGUGCUGCUGUUAGGGCUCGUGGCCCACUGUCUGCUGUCCUUUUGGAGCUCCUAGGCACGUGGAUAAAAAGCUGUGUCUGAGGGCCUGGCAUUCCCACAUACCUCCUUCCUGGAGGGCACUGCCCUGGCCCACUUGCUGCUGGCAGGAAUGAGGGCCCCAGCCGGCACAUCAGCCUCCAAGGAGAGCCUCGGAUGGACACUGGGCUUGGCAUCUGGAAAUGGCACGUGUAGACCCUGCCCUGGCCCCAGCCCCACGAGCAUUAUGGGAGCUCCCUGCGUAUCACAGUGGGAGGCAGGGUGCCGGGUAGGAGGAAACGCUGUGGGGGGUAUGGCUUGGGGCCUGAUGGGAUCUGAAGUGCCCAGAGACCACACUGCUCCGUCUUCAGCACUGGAGUUGAAAGCGCAAAAGGGCUUGAGCCGGAGCCCUGCAGAAAAGCCCUGGGGCAUGGGGAAUGGCACCCGCCAAGGCCCGGGAGUGGCCCCGCCCAGCUUCCCUGGAGCCAACUGGCCCAGGCCCGCCACCCGUGAGAGGCGGGGCCGAGGUGGAGCGGUAGAGCCCCACCCUGCAUCGCCUAGGAGCAGGCGGGCCACAUACCGAGACCCCUGAAAGGAACUGGAACGUCUAGUGUCCAUUCUGGAGGGGAGAAAAGCAAAAUAUUGCUCUUCAGGGUCACAUCAGGUCAAGGGGCAACUCCUCGAGGGCCAAGGCACCCCUGCCAGCACCUGAUGUGGCGGCUAGACCCGUCAGCCUCCUACCGGCCUCAGUGUGGAAGGAAGGCAGAGCUGCCCCGCCUGGGGAGUCCGCUCAGGACCCGUGGCCCUUCGGUGUCACACCCAGAACGGUGGGUCUGGGAGGAAGCUCUAGCCCCCAGACCCAACCCUCUGUGGGUCACUGCUGGCUCUCUGCUGAGAGGGCCACGUGCUCUUUGUCCAGCAUUGUUGGGGGUGGGGGUGCAGCAUGGGCGUUGGAAACCCCACUGGGGCCAGCAGCCUGUCUUUGCCCACUGUUCCCAAGUCCGGCCGGAACCUCUGGUCCCUUCAAUGUUGAACAAACUGUUCUGCCACGCCUCCCCCGGGGCUGGGAAGAGACUUGCAGCCCCCAGCCUCCCAGCGUGCCUCCCAGGCUGGCUUCUGUCAACCCUGUGCUCGGAUAAGUCACAGGACAAGAGUCCUCCUGUCUUCUAAGAUGCACAGAAACCUC